UCCGUCAAAGACGAGGAAGAUGGCGAGAGGUAGUCGUAGCCUAAGAAAAGUGGCUGAGUGUCUGAAAAAGAUACCUUCGACAGCCAGCCGGGAAAUACAAACUAGGAACAACGUAAGAUACCUGUCGUCAUGUGGGAUCCUGAUGACUCGUCUACCUCCCCUGCUGGGUGGAGCCAUGCCAGGACGUGGCGUCGUGUUACCAGCCCGCAGCUUCUUCAACCUGGCCGGUUCCUUAUCUAAGAGGAAGGAGUACUCGGAGAGACGCAUCAUUGGGCAUUCCAUGCAGGAGAUAUAUGAGGUGGUGGCCGAAGUGGAAAACUACUGCGUCUUUGUUCCCUGGUGUAAGAAGUCUGAUGUGGUGUUCAAGCGAGCCGGAUUCUGCAAGGCCAAACUAGGCGUGGGCUUCCCACCUGUGAUGGAAAACUACACCUCUCUUGUUACUUCAGUACGCCCCCACCUUGUCAAGGCGUCCUGUUCAGACGGUAGUCUGUUCAACCACUUGGAGACGGUUUGGCGUUUCAGCCCUGGCCUCCCGGGAUAUCCUCGUACCUGCACUGUGGAUUUUUCUAUCUCCUUCGAGUUUCGCUCCCUCCUCCACUCGCAUUUAGCCCACGUCUUCUUCGACGAGGUGGUGAAGCAAAUGGUUUCAGCGUUUGAGCGUCGCGCCUCCAGUCUAUACGGCCCCGAGACGGCCAUCCCUCGCGAGCUCAUGUUCCACGAGGUUCACAGCACGUAGCGCUACACAAACAAACACAACGCCCCUGCUGAUGUCGGAGGGAAAGAUAAGAGAGGAGGAGUGUUGACGGGCUACCUUGUUCUAACUGAAAACUGCAGUGCCUUUCUCACAGCAACGACCAAGUUUAUU